AUGGAUUGGAAGGCUCCUGCCUGCUCCACCGCCGUGCUGAGCCUUCUGAUCCUGCUGCCAUUGUGUGCAUCCGACGACAAGCUUGUCCCCGGCGAGCCACUCUCUCCUGGCAGUACCAUCGUCUCCGAUGGUGGUGCUUUUGCUUUGGGUUUCUUCAGCCCCACCAACUCCACACCGGCCAGGUUUUACCUGGGCAUAUGGUACAAUGGCAUCCCCGAGCUUACCGUUGUGUGGGUCGCCAACAGAGAAACCCCUGCCGCGAACGGCACCGCACCGAUACUCUCCUUCACCAAUGCCUCCAAUCUUGUCGUGUCCGACGGUAACCAUGGUGGCCGAGUCCUUUGGACGACGACCAACGUGGCUGCUGCCCCGGGCUCGACGGCAGUGUUGCUGAACACUGGUAACCUGGUUAUCCGGUCGUCAAAUGGCACUGCGCUAUGGCAGAGCUUCGACCACCACACCGACAAGUUACUCCCCGGCAUGAAGCUCCACAUCAACAAGUACAACAAGAGCCGCGGCGACGAGGAGCGCCUGGUAUCUUGGAAGAGCCCUAACAACCCCUCGCCGGGGCGCUUCUCUUGCGGCAUCGACCCAGCGACACUCCUCCAAAUAUUCCUCUGGGACGGGACACAACCGGUGGCCCGUGGCACCCCAUGGGCUGGAAACCUGGUGUAUAGCCUUGGCCAGAACCACCAAGCGAAUGGCAGCACCGAGGUCAUCAUCUACAUGGCCGUUGAGGAGAGCGACCAGGAUAUCUACUUCAGCUACAGCCUCUCCGAUGGCGCCUCGCACACCAUGUUAGUGCUGACCUACUCCGGCGAGUUCCAAACCCAGAGUUGGAGCAGCAAAGCGUUAGCGUGGGAAGUUCUGGAGAAGUUGCCAGGCCACGAAUGCAACCGUUAUGGCUACUGUGGUAAGCACGGCUACUGCGACGAGACGACAGGGCCCGUGGCUAUGUGCAAGUGCCUUGACGGCUUCGAGCCUAUCAAUAAGGAGGAGUGGACCGGCAGAAUGUUCUCGGCAGGGUGCCGGCGUAAGAUGCGGCGAGGGUGCGGUGGAAACUUCUUAGCCUUGCCGGGAAUGAAGUGGCCAGACAGGUCUGUGCUGGUCGGCAGGGACAAGAGUACAUCCGAGGAGUGUGCAGCAGAAUGCAGCCGCAAUUGCUCCUGUGUAGCUUACGCCCAUGCCAACCGGAGCAGUGGCAGGUCCGGAGGAUAUGUGACCAAGUGCCUGUUGUGGGCAGGAGAGCUGUUUGACACAGGAAAGGUAGGAGAGCUCGGCGGUGAGACACUCUUUAUCCGCAUCGAUGGCUCCGAUGCAGCAGGAGCACAUGCAGGUAAUACAACAAAGAGAAAUGCAGCCAAGAUUGUGCUGCCAACUUUAGGAGGAACUGUUCUGCUACUCAUAUGCAUUUCCUUGGCAUGGUUCAAAUUCAAAGGCAAGCCCAAUAGAUGGAGCAAAUGCAAUAAUACAACAUUGGACGGUCUGAGUUCCUUUUUUGAACCUGGGGAAGGACACCCUUCACACGAUCAUGAAUUUCCAUUUAGGAGACUUGAGGAAAUUGCCCUGGCAACACACGAUUUCUCUGAAACAUAUAUGAUUGGACAAGGAGGCUUUGGAAAAGUGUACAAGGGAAUGCUAGGGGGGCAAGAAGUUGCCGUAAAGAGGUUAAGCAAGGAUUCUCAACAAGGAACACGUGAAUUCAAGAAUGAAGUCAUUCUAAUUGCCAAAUUGCAGCAUAGAAACUUGGUUCGACUUCUUGGAUGUUGUGCAGAGGGAGACGAAAAGCUAUUAAUUUAUGAGUAUCUUCCUAACGGGAGCUUAGAUGCUAUCCUUUUUGAUGAUUCACGAAAGUUUUUGCUAGAUUGGGAAAAACGGUUUAACAUAAUCAAGGGGGUCGCUAAGGGACUUCUUUACCUCCACCAAGACUCAAGACUGACCAUAAUUCAUAGAGAUCUCAAAUCUGGAAAUAUUUUGCUAGAUGAAGAGAUGAAACCCAAGAUUGCAGAUUUUGGUAUGGCGAGGACCUUUGUUGAUAACCAGGAAAAUGCAAAUACCCAGCGUGUUGUUGGAACAUAUGGCUACAUGGCUCCUGAGUAUGCAAUGGAAGGUGUCUUCUCUACCAAGUCCGAUGUCUAUAGCUUUGGCGUGUUAUUACUCGAGGUUGUAACUGGUUUAAGAAGAUACUCCCGCGCUCACACCAUGAGCCUCUCUAGCCUCAUAGUCUAUUCAUGGAGUAUGUGGAUGGAAGGGAAGACUAGAGAGUUACCAGACUCAUCUAUCCGAGAUGCUUGUCCACCUGAUGAAGUUCUUCUCUGUGUCCAUGUAGCACUCUUGUGUGUCCAGGAAAACCCGGAUGACAGGCCACUCAUGUCAUCUGUUGUGUUUUUCCUAGAGAAUGGAAGUACCACGCUUCCCGCUCCAGACUGCCCCGCAUAUUUUGUGCGACGAGACGUUGACAUGGAGCAAAUCCUAAAUGAUAUUGAAAAUUCCGGCAACAACUAUACACAUUCCGAGAUAGAGGGGCGAUGA